GAAAACUCGAUAGAUCUGGGCAUGCCUUUACAGUUCGAGGUAUUAUGAAUUUGGGAUGCGUUUCUAUUAUCGCUGGUGCUCUAUUAAUGUUAUUGUGAGUCUCUUGCGGUUACAAAAGCAUAUCUUAAGAUAUAAAAGCGCUGGAUACCCUCUUCUGGAAGCAUUCAGAAAGCGAGAUACAGAUACUGGUGGCUCUUACGGUUUAGGCGGUAUUAAUGCAACAGGACAAAUCCCAGAAUACAGUAUAAAUUUUGGUAUGAUCGACCCAGACACUCCAGAAUCAGUACAUCAUCGCACAGGUUUCGAUGGCAAAAAGCAAGUAUUGGUAUUUUCUGAUGAAUUUAAUGUCGAUGGACGGACAUUCUACCCAGGUGAAGAUCCUUAUUGGGAAGCCGUUGAUCUGCACUAUUGGGGUACAAACAAUUUGGAAUGGUAUUCACCUCAACAAGUAACGACUACAGAAGGUAAACUCGCUAUCACUCUUGAUGAAAGGGAAACUCAUGAUUUGGAUUUCGCUGGUGGUAUGAUUACAACAUGGAACAAAUUCUGUUUCUCAGAUAAUGCCUAUCUGUCAGCUAGUAUUGCCUUACCUGGCACAAGUGAUGUUUGGGGUUUGUGGCCUGCUUUCUGGACAAUGGGUAACCUCGGUAGAGCUGCAUAUGGUGCAUCAUUAGAAGGAUUGUGGCCAUACUCUUAUGAUAGUUGUGAUGUUGGUACUGUAGCUAAUCAGACAUACCAAGGUCAACCCACUGCCGUUGCGAAUCACGAGGUAGGUAGUGAGUACGAUGAAGGUGCUCUUUCGUACCUCCCUGGUCAGCGUCUUUCGAGAUGUACUUGUCCUGGUGAAGUUCACCCAGGUCCGAUAGAUAGCAAAACAGGAGAGUUUGUUGGACGUGCCGCACCUGAAAUUGAUGUCUUUGAAGCUCAAGUUGAAAUUGCAUCUAGGACUGGUCAAGUGUCUCAGUCUGCACAAUGGGCGCCUUUCAACGCCAACUACCAGUUUAUCGAUCAGAAGGGUAAAACUUACGAAUUCCACAAUGACGAAGCUGAAAUAAACUCCUACUUGGGAGGUGUAUUCCAGCAGGCAACAUCUAGUUUGGCCACGACAAAUCAAGCGUGCUAUAGUGGAACUAAUCCAACUCCUAAUGGUAGUUGCUAUUCUGAGUAUGGUAUUGAGUUUGAAAGUGGUAACAACGGUCAUAUUACAUGGGCUUCAGAUGGUGAGGAAACCUGGACAAUCUUUGGUAGUGCGAUGGGACCUGAUCCAGUCGCGAAAAUUGGACAAAGAACUAUCAGUGAGGAGCCAAUGUAUAUAAUUCUCAACUUGGGUAUCUCCAAGAACUUUGGUGAUGUAAACUUCGACGAGCUCGUCUUCCCGGCCAUCAUGUAUGUCGACUGGGUGAGAGUAUAUCAACCAGAAGGCAGCAUUAAUCUCGGCUGUGAUCCAAAGAAUAGACCAACUUCAAACUACAUAGAGCACUUCAAGGAGGCAUAUCAAAACCCAAAUAUGACAACAUUUGUCGAUGACUACGGACAAGAAUUCCCAAAGAAUAGGUUCUUAGGUGAAUGCUAG